AUGAGGGCCUUCCGCAGUGCGUGCCACUAUGGGGACGAAGAACAGGGCGAUGACGUGGCUGCCAGAUUGAGCACCAUGUCGAGCGCUGUUUUCAACAAGAUUAUGGUUUUCGUUCUGAACGAGAUGGAUGGGAUACUUCGAGGGCUGUUGAGACUGCCUCCGUCUGGGGGGAAACGGGAGAUGAUGGUAGAUGUGAUGACGACUAGGCCGUGGAAGAAUUAUAAUCAUCUGGUGAAGUCGUACCUUGGGAAUGCUUUGCAUGUGCUGAAUCAGAUGACAGAUAGUGAGAUGAUUGCAUUUGUGCUGAGGCGCCUGAAGUACUCGGCUCUGUUUCUAGCUGCUUAUCCGGCCCUCUUGAGGAAGUAUAUCAAGGUUGCGCUGCAUUUCUGGGGUACAGGAACUGGUGCACUGCCACUUGUCUCCUUCUUGUUCUUAAGAGAUUGUUGUGUACGGCUUGGUUCUGACUGCUUGGAUGACUGCGUGAAAGGAAUGUACAAAGCUUAUGUCUUGAAUUGCCACUUUAUUAAUACAACAAAAUUGCAGCACAUCCAAUUUCUUGGAAAUUGCUUUACCGAGCUCCUUCGCAUUGACACUUCAUCUGCUUAUCAGCAUGCCUUUGUUUACAUCCGGCAGCUAGCAAUGAUAUUGAAGGAAACACUUUCGUGUUCCACAAAAAAGAAGAACUUGAAAAACAAGGGGAAAAAUGAACCUUCUGGUUCUAAAAAAGAGAAGGGGAAGGAAGCUCCUUCGAGUUCUAAAAAAAAGGAAACAUAUAGAAAGGUCUACCAGUGGAAGUACAUUAACUGCCUGGAGCUAUGGACUGGAGUUGUUUGCGCAUAUAGCGAAGAAGCUGAUUUGAAGCCACUCACUUACCCAUUGGCACAGAUUAUCACAGGAGUAGCUCGUUUACUUCCAUCUGCUUGUUAUUUUCCCCUUAGAUUGCGAUGUGUGAGAAUGCUCAAUCGUAUAAGUGCUUCAACUGGUACAUAUAUUCCUGUUUCUCUAAUUCUCUUGGACAUGCUCGAGAUAAAAGAAUUGCGUAGGCCCCCCACUGGAGGAUUAGGCAAAUCUGUUGAUUUGUUUUCUAUCCUUAAGGUUAGCAAAACAACUUUGAAAACAAGAACAUUUCAAGAGGCUUGUGUUUUAUCCGUGGUUGAGGAGCUUGCUGAGCAUCUUGCUCAGUGGAGUUACUCUAUUGCUUUCUUGGAGUUUUCGUUUGUUCCUAGCGUUCGACUGCGUAACUUCUGCAAAUCUACAAAGGUCGAUAGGUUUCGCAAAGAAAUGAGGCAUCUCAUUCGUCAGAUCGAAGCCAACUCUGAAUUUAUAAAUAAGAAGCGGACAACAAUUUCUUUCUUGCCGAAUGACCCUGCAGCUGAGACUUUCCUUGAGGACGAGAAGAAGUCGGGGAUUAGCCCUCUGUCCAGUUAUGUUGCCACUCUACGCCAGAGAGCACAAGAUAGAAAUAAGGCACUAAUGGAAUCCAGUGUUCGUGUUGGAGACCGUGCUUCCAAAUUUGGAAACAAAACUACCUCUGUUCAAAAGAACUCUGAUGAAGACUCUCCUGAUUCUGAUUACAUUGGGGAAACUGAGCAAAGUGAUGAUGAUGACAUGUUUGAGGUAAAUGUUGAUCUUAGUGUGGACACAACAGAUAAGCUUUCAGAAGCAUUUGUUGAAAAGGAUGGUGGAGAAACAUCUGUUCAGAAAGAGUGUGAUCAAACCUCUGUUCAAAAAGAGUGUGAUCAAACCUCUGUUCAAAAAGAGUGUGAUGAAACCUCUGUCCAAAAGAGCUAUGGUGAAGACUCUCUUGACUCUGAAUACAAUAUGGAAACUGAGGAAAGUGAUGAUGAUGAUGAGCAGUUUGAGGAUAACAUUGAUCACAGUGUGGACACAAUAAAUCAGUUGUCAGAAGCAUCUCGUUUAAUGGAAGUGGACAAUGAUGAGGAAUUGCUCAAGCUUAUUGAAGAUUUUUCUGGGGUGUCAUCACCUCAUCUGUCAACUGCAAAUGAUGUUGCAGAAAAUUGUGAUCAUUAUAAUGAAGCCACAGUUGAAAAUAACUUUGAUGAGGACUCCAUGGAUUCUGAGUACAAUAUGGAAGAUGAUCACAUUGAUGAUGAUGAUGAUGAUGAUGAUGAUGAUGAUGAUGAUGAUGAUGACCAUCUAUAUCAGAAUUUUGUUGAUCAUAAUGUGGAAAGUUCAAUUCAGGGUUCAGAAGAAGAAAGUGGUAACAGUGAAGCAGAUGUGGUCCAUAAUGGGGAUGACCUAGAUGAUCAUAUUGCCAAUAUUGAGGAGGGAGAACAGAUGCCUGUAUUUAAUCCUGCCACUAUCUUCAAUCUUGUGUUUGAGCUUGGGAUGCUAUUCAGUAGCAAAAAGGAAUUUAAGAAAGCUGUCCAAAGUUAUGCCAUUAAGAGUCACAGAGGUGUGAAGAUAUGUAGAAGUGAUUCUACAAGGUUGUAUGUUACAUGUGUUGCAACAGACUGUCAAUGGAAGGUGCAUCUAAUCAAGAAAAAAAAUGAAGAAACUUGGUUCAUCAAGGAAUUCAUUUCUGAACAUUCUUGUCCAUCUACUUUCCAGGUAACCUCUGUGAACUCCUCUUAA